AUGAUCUACCAGACUCCCUUUCCUUAUGAGUUCUACAUAACAAAGGCAAGCAGAGCGUAUGAUAAGGUCGAACUUCUCAGGAGCAAGUUUCUGAAAUUGCCACCCUUUGUGAAGCUUGGGGAGGGACUGGCCUUCCAUAUGAAUCAAGAGUGCGGAAUGAGAGACAAAGCUGGGUGCUGGAAACUCGACUUCGGCUCUAAUGGGAACUAG